AUCACGCCAUUUUCGGCCUUGUAGCAGGUUGGGGAUGGGAGAGAUCGCGAAAUAAAACAACAUCGUCAAGAUUCCGGACUACCGUUAUUCAUUAACGAUAGUUUAUAAGUAAAGUUUGGAGCUUUAUGACUAACGGGCUCGUUUGUUUUGAUAAGCUGUCGGGAAUACUCUCUUCGUGGAAAAUGUCACGGAUCAAGCCGUUUUUCGUAGUUGUCUGCUUCGUGCUUGUUCAGACCGUCCUUUCCGCCAAUAUUCUGAUGAGCGCCGAGUACGGAGCAGGCAGUCACUACAUCGCCCUCGGCAACAUGGGCGAGGAGCUCGUAAGGCGGGGUCAUAACGUGAGCUUCCUGCUCGGGGCCGCGUUCGAAUUCCGUCGCGAUCAGGAGCCAUGGAGCAAUAUCUUCAACUUUGAGGUCCUUCAGCAUGCCCACCCUCACGCGGACAUCAUCGCUGGAUUCACCAACUUUGCGACGCUGCUCCAUAAAACAUCGCACGAGCAGAUCUGGGGAUACGAGAAAUUCAUCGAGGGCAACUACAUCGACGACUGUGGGAGUUUCUUCGCCGAUGGCGAUCUCGUCAGGCGUUUAAAGGACGCAAAGUACGACGUCAUUGUCUUUGAUACAAUCUGGUUUUGUGGCGCGCUUAUCGCUCAAGAGCUCGGGAUUCCAUCAGUAGGGGUAGUAGCAGGGGAUGGGGUGCAGCAGGCGUUCCCGUACGCGGGAAUACCGAUCAAUCCGGCCUAUAUGCCCAUCAUGACGACGGGAUUCUCGAAUCGGAUGAGUUUUAAAGAGAGGUUGAUCAAUACGUAUUACGUCUGGAUGGUCCAUUAUGGUCGAGGCACGCCAUUUAUCCCGGCAAGGCAAUAUGGAAGGAUCAAAGAUGAGUACAAUAUCAGGCCAGACAUGACGAUAAACGAAGUCCUGAAUGAUGUCGAUCUUUGGAUCGUGGCCUCCGACUCCGCCAUGGACUUCCCCGUUCCUCUGACCCCCAAUGUGAUACCAGCAGGCGGGUUGACGACCCGGCCUGCCAGUCAGCUUCCACAGGACAUCGAGGACUUUAUGCAGAGUUCUGGCGAAUACGGCGUGGUCAUCUUUACCCUCGGGACCUAUCUCACCGAUAUCGCGCCCGAAUUCCUUGAGGUUUUCGCCCAGGCAUUCGCCGAGAUCGACCAGAAAGUAAUGUGGCAUAUGCAUGACGACUUAUUGCAGAAAUUGACCUUUGACCUUCCAAAGAAUGUCAUGACUCGACCUUGGCUACCCCAGAAUGACCUCCUAGGUCACAAUAAGACUCGUCUCAUGAUGUUUCAUGGUGGCAACAACGGUCUUCACGAAGCGCUCUUCCACGGCGUACCCCUGAUCGUGGUUCCAAUCCUCGCUGACCAGUUUGACUCCGGAACAAGAGUCCGGGACCGCGGAAUGGGACUCAAACUAGACAAGUUCAAGCUAAGCAAGGACGUUAUUCUGAGCGCACUCAUAGAGGUCCUUUCCAACAACAAUUACCGUGAAAGAGCGCAGAAAAUGUCGGCCAUUUUCAAAGACCGUCCUCUUCGUCCGGCGGAACGCUCUGCAUUCUGGAUCGAACAUAUCAUCAACCAUGGCGGAGACUACAUGAGGUCACCUGUCCACGAACUCAACAUCUUCCAAAGCCAUCUCAUUGACGUCAUUGCCCUCUUAACGCUGAUUGGUUUGCUAAUUGUCUGCGCCAUGUAUAAGUUGCUCAGCUUCUUAGUAGCCUGCUGCCUCUCGGUAUUUAGUUCAAAGAAAAAGAAGGACUGAAAGAGUUAUAUGAUUUGGCAGAAAUCAUUAUUUUGUUGGGGGAUAAGCGUGACGACAUCGAGAAUGAAAGAUAAAAAGGAAUGCGCAGGAACUGUCAAAAAAUAGCAUAAAUGCAUAAAAAGAGGAAAUCCAUGAUCUCAUGAAGAAUGUCAAUAUGAAUGUCUUGUGUUUUUCAAAGGUAUUAUGUCAUUUUUUAUGAAAGCAGAAAAAUGCCGAAUUUUAAAAUGAAAUCGUACCAAUAAUAAUAAGAAAUCUAAGAUAGAAGAUUCCGCCCCUCCGGCCCUUUUAGGGCUAAACAUCACAAUCUGAUAUAGUCAGAGUGAACCUGUAGAAAUGUGACGACAGUUCUACUGAGAGUAUCGCUAUACCAACUCACAUCUUCUACUUUUUUCCUUCUUAACCACUACCAUUUUCAUUCUCUGUUCACAAAACUGUACGUGUGUAUACUCAUUUUUCAUCUAGUUUUAUUGAAGCUCCUAUUCUCUUUUCUUCCUAUUCUGUAUUUCUCUCUUCUGUUUCAAAUGAAAUCCG